CUCUAUACAGCUUGCGUUAAUGAUGUGGAUUAACUCUUUAAAAUAUGAUAAUUAUUGGGAUUUAAUUACAAACCAGAUGCUAGCGCCGGCCGUCCCUGGGGAUUAUGGAAAUAUGACUCCACACUAUUCUGAUACACAAUCCUUAAAUCUGUAAAUGAAUGGAGAAUGAAAAUGGGAAGCACGUACUUAAGUUUGAUCAGCAAAUGACCGAAUGUAUGAUGUCACAGGUACGGAGUUUGCAGCUAUAUAAAUUCAUCAGUAGAGUUCCAGUUAUACAUCCAAAUAAGCGAAAGCAACAGGUGGUAGCAAUGUUGUGUGCGGUGGUGCUAAUCGCGCUAACCACUAGUGUCGCUCAUGCCCAGAUUUCAUCAGAUUGCCAGGAGCACAUCAACGGGGUACUCGAAUCUUUGAAAAACGAUAAUCAAAUGUUGGAAACCGACUACUUUGGUGCAAUCCAAAAUAGCUUAUCCCACUUUACUGAUGCUGAGCCCUCAGAGUUGACAGGCCAGUGCCUAUCAAGCUCUAUGCCAUUCUUACCAAUCACCGAGGAAUGUGAGGUUCAAUUCGACGUGGUGUUUAAAACUUUGGAGGAAGCAAACCAGAAGAUACAAGACGACGAUUUCUAUCAUACUAUGUCUACAGAGGUUAUCAAGUCCCUCACCAAACAAUACCAACUCCUCCGUAGCAAAUGCUCACUGCCCUAAUCCUCUUAAGAGGUUCCCAUGAUUUACGACAUUUCUCAUUUCCUUUUCACGUCUUUAAUGCGCAUCAUCAAUAGUAAGAGAGUUGAACAUUUACUUAA